AUGAAACUCAAGAGAAAUCAAUCGGUAAUGAUAUUAUUGGUCGUACUAGUAACUCUUUUAAUCACAGUUAGUACAGCAAAUCCAAUAUCAUUAAAUAAACGACAAGGUCCUGGCGAAUCUAAAACUCCGCCUGCGCCAUCAGAUGGCAAGGCUCCGUCAGAUGGUAAGGCUCCCGAAACACCACCAUCAGACGGUAAGGCUCCCGAAACACCACCAUCAGACGGUAAGGCUCCCGAAACACCACCAUCAGAUGGAAAGAUACCCGAUACACCACCAUCAGGUGGAAAAACACCCGAGACUCCGCCGUCAGGUGGAAAGACACCCGAGACUCCGCCGUCAGAUGGAAAGACACCCGAGACUCCGCCAUCAGAUGGCAAGACUCCCAACGCACCUCCAUCAGAUGGAAAGACGCCCGAAACACCUCCGUCAAAUGGCAAAACUCCUGACACGCCAUCAGGUGGCAAGUCUCCCGCUCCAGAU